AUGUCUUCACUGGAAGAGAGAGACGUGGGCGUUGCGGCCGCCCCUGGCUCCUCCUCGGCCGGCCUGGGGGUCGGGGCCGUGGGGGCAGCGGUGGAGGCUGUCGCCGGGGUCGUAGCCAUGCAGGAGGAGGUCGGGAUGCGGAGAGAAGGGCCCGAGCCUGACCAAGACGAGCCACCCAAGAAGAGGGUGAGACUUCCCGAGGGAGAGUCAGGAAAGCUGGAGGAGAGACUGUACUCAGUGCUGUGCUGCACCGUGUGCCUAGACUUGCCCAAGGCGUCUGUAUACCAGUGUACCAAUGGACACCUGAUGUGCGCAGGCUGUUUUAUCCACCUCCUGGCUGAUUCUCGUCUCAAGGAGGAACAGGCCACGUGUCCCAACUGCAGGUGUGAGAUCAGCAAGAACCUGUGCUGCAGGAACCUUGCCGUGGAGAAGGCUGUCAGUGAGCUGCCGACAGAAUGCACAUUCUGCCUAAAACAGUUCCCCCGCUCCAGUUUAGAGCGACACCAGAAAGAGGAGUGCCAAGACAGGGUGACACAGUGUAAGUACAAGAGGAUUGGCUGCCCUUGGCAAGGUCCGUUCCAUGAGCUGCCAGCACACGAGAGUGAGUGCUCGCAUCCCACUAAGACUGGGACAGAGCUGAUGGGGAUACUGGGAGAGAUGGACCAGAACCACCGCAGAGACAUGCAGCUCUAUAACGGCAUCUUCAGCCUGCUCUGCUACGAAAAGAUUGGCUUUACAGAGGUGCAGUUCAGGCCAUACCGAACUGAUGACUUCAUCACUCGUCUGUACUAUGAAACACCGCGCUUCACUGUUCUCAACCAGACGUGGGUGCUGAAGGCCCGUGUUAACGACUCUGAGCGCAACCCCAACCUGUCCUGCAAGCGCACCCUGUCCUUCCAGCUCAUCCUCAAAAGCAAGGUGAACUCUGCCCUGGAGUGCUCCUUCCUGCUGCUAAAGGGGCCGUAUGACGACGUGCGGAUCAAGCCGGUCAUCCACCACCACUCCUUCAGCAACGACGCCAACGAGACCGACUACGUCCCUUUGCCCAUCUCUGAUUCAGUGGAGUGCAACAAACUGCUGGCCGCCAAAAACAUCAACCUGCGCCUGUUCAUCUUCCAAGUCCAAAAAUAAAGAGUGAGGGAACAGGAGGAGGAGGAGGAGGAGGAAGAAGAGGAAGAGGGGUGAUGGAUGACGAGGGGCAGAGGGAGAGAGAGAGAGAGAGAGAGAGAGGAGUGAUGAAGAUUAAAGAGAGACACCACUGAACCACUGAUACCUCUUAACACCUACACACAAACAAAUACACACAUAUACUUACUCACACUGAUACACACAUUCACGCAGGUUACACACGCCUCCACACACACACACACACACACACACACAUAUACAAACACACACGCCACUAAUUACACUUACCUCCUUUUACAAGAUAGUGAGACCCGUUGCUCGGGGAGCUGUGAGUUGGUAUGGAGAUGGGUGGGCAUUGUUAUGGGAUGGAGGGGUGGGGUGAAACCUGCAAAGGCACAGGUGGGGGUGUGAAAUGGUGAGGCAGGAGGUUCGGGGACGGUUGGUGUGUACCUGUGGAGGCUCUCUGAGGUCAGGUUGUGUCUGACCUUUCACCCCCAACACCCGCAGCCAAAGGUAGCACACACACCGACCAAAGCAGAAUUUGCGGGGUGCAUUUGUUGUGUGCGUGUGAUUAGAGAGUAAAGUGAUGGACCCUGGAGUGUGGCCCAAACUCUGCUUUUAUGUUGCAAUGUCCCAAAGACAUGUGAUAAUGUGAAAAUAGAGUGAUAGACUCUACUGAGCUGCUCUUUCGGACAUGUGAAUGGAUGUGUAGGUGUGUGUGUGUGUGUGUGUGUGUGUGUGUGUGUGUGUGCGUGCGUGCGUGCGUGCGUGCGUGUUUGUCCCUUUUCCCUCUACACACCUCAUGCCUGAGUCUAGUCAACGAUUUCUUUCUGUUAUGGCAAAAAGUGUCCAAACUUUGCCAGAACAGACGAAAGACGUCCCCCCUCCAUUGACCCCCUUUUACCUUUCAACAAGAGGAGAGAUGGCCUGGCUGCAUGCAUAUUUUAGUUCUUUGACCUUCUAUUCCUUGAGCUGUGGUUAUAUUUAACCUUCAACACUAAUACCAUUUUUAUUUCUCUUAACCCUAAAUAUUUAAGUACCUGUGAACGUUUUUCUUUUUAGUUGGGUUUUAGCGUGUGACUGGCUGCGUGUGCGUGUGUGUGUGUGUGAGAGUGUAGACAGAUCAUAACUGUGAGAUUCGUGUGAACAAGGGGAAAAAUGGGAAAAACAGUGCAGUCCUCGAGGACAUGGCUGGCAAGGCUGGAUUACCAACAGACCUUCAGGGGCCCCAAAAGCCCCCAGGCUCACUGUGUGUCACUUGCUUUUUGCUAAUUUCAUCAUUUUUCAAAUUUGUUUGGGAAUUAAGUACAAUAAGAACUGGUUCCUGCAUAAUUACCUAAUGUAGAUCUAAUUAUCAUUUUACUUAAUAUCAUGCUUAUAUGGUUCCUAAUUUUUGCUUAUUUAACAGUUAAAUUUGUUCAUAGACAAUCUUUAUUUCAAAGUAGUAAUUAGAUAAAUCAGCCAGGCCGAUGUUAGCUUAUUGCAGCUGUAUCUGUGUGAGUGUAUGUGUUGGCCAGUAAGUUGAAAUAAAAUUGCAGUACAGAAAUACCAAACUGGGUUUGAGGAAACUGCUACCACUUCAUAGUUUGUCCACCAGAGAGCACUGACAAGAGGAUUUUUCAACUGUAAAAAUGCCCCGCUCAGUAUGCAUCUUGGUCACAAUUCUUAAAAAGAAAACUCUGGGAUCCAUGACGAGAGUGCUUGUUUAUCUUGUGUUAAUGUAAAACAACAUCAUUUUUAAUUAAUUGAAAUUAUGUGAUGUUUAAAUGUCCCAAAUACCAUUACUGGUAUCACCCCCCAAAAUAUCCAGUAUCGGCUGGGCUGUAGUAGUAAUAUCUCUCACAAUCACUGGGUAUUUCAUUCCCAGCCACCAUGUUAGAAAGACUAAAUACUUUUUUUUGACACAAAUUUGAUCAAAAUAAAUUAAAUGUUUCUCUAAAUAACAGUAAAAAAAAAUCCCCAGUUUUGAAGUUUUUUUCUUUGGUAAGUGGUGCAUCAUCAAACUACCACUAGCUAACUGACACACAGGGAACCUGGGCGUUUACAUUCUGGGUGCCCCUGUAGCCUGAGCUGUGUGCACUGUACUUGAUGGAUGAACUUGGAGGCCCACAGCUGAUUUCUGAGUCAACAACAGCAAGGAGGGGAGGACGUGACCGAAAACGAUGAGCACAGAGUCUCAGGACGAUCUGGACUUCUUCGUCUGCUCGGAGCUCAGUGGCCCUCUGGAGGAGACCUUUCUGGAAGAUCAGACUUUGGGCUGGUGAUGGAUGGAUGGUGUGUGUGUGUGUGUGUGUGUUUGUUUAAGGGGGGGGUUACGUACCACGGUGACAUAUUAGUGUUAGACUUACUUGAACGAGAAGAUGUUACUUAAGUAGAUUCUACUGUAAAGCAGAUAGAUCUCUCUCCUCCUGACCUCUACUUCCUGUAUUUCUGUGUUUUAAUGCUUCGUCUCUAUGCCAGUGGACUCACUCAUCUCACUAUGGCUGUACAUGUGCCUUUUAUUAAAGAUCAUGGAACCUGCGCUGCUGCCCGUGUGUGUGUGUGUGUGUGUGUGAGAGAGAGAGAGUGUGUAGAAAGGACAAAAAUAGAGCCGGCUCUG